AUGCCAAGACUCGGACUCCUUGCUCUAUUCUCAAUGCACAUUGGAAGACUUCAGGGUAUGUACAUCCAGGCCAAGAGAAAGAGGCGGGUGACAUUUUCCAAAGUGAAGCCACAGGCAAGCGAGGUAACUACUGUUCUACUCGUCUUCUGCAUCUUCCACUUGCUCUUCACAUCCCACCCCCUUUCAGCCAAGCUUUACCACUCUUGCUCGGGUGCCGUCCAACAUGCCAAAAGACCAGCCCAGGUCGCCAAUGACACACAGUGGCCUCCAAUCAUUUACCGCGUACAGGGGUCGGAGCUUGGGGUAAAGGGGGCCUGGGCAGCGCCGAUUACAGCGGUACCCCGCAGCAUCGACACCUCGCCGCGCUCGCUCCAUGUCCUGAGGUCCUCGACCCAUGGUAUGCGGAGAUGCGUCGGCAUUCACUCGGAGGCAGGCUUUCUAUGGUCGACCACACUACCGAACCUCAGUAUGGCCUCCGAUAGCAGUGUAACUCGUCGAGGCAGCUUGCCAGGGGUUCGAAACCGUAUGGCCAUUGGUCAAUCAGGAACUCCUCCGAGCUUCGAGCUCCGAAAUCUUCCCAGCUCAGGACCGAGGAUCUUCGCGUCUUGGCUACAAAGUAUCACCUGCAGCUCCUUCUUCCUGACGUCCUCUUCUUACACGCUUCCCACCACCAUCAUGCAUCUCCCGCUGCUCCUGUCAGGAGCUGUCUUGAGCUUCAUCGCUCCGACCCUCGCCGUGCCUGUCCAGGACAGUCCUCGCCAGCGCCUCCUCGACGGCAAGGGUCUUCCUACAAAGUACCGCAGUGGUUCGCCUCCCUACACUCCUGGCCACAAGGACAAGUACGACAGUCCCAUUGACUCCAUCGGCGACGAGCUCGAUCCCUUGCCAUAUCGCAAUGGCCUCGGAGCCUCCGUUCUCGGUCCUUGGAACGAGGCUCGAUCCAGACAGAACCCGGAUCUCGUUCGACCUCCAGGCACUGAUCACGGCAAUCUUGCCAACAUGCGUUGGAGUUUUGCUGAUUCUCACAUUCGCAUCGAGGAGGGUGGUUGGACUAGACAAACCACGAUUCGCGAGCUUCCUACUAGUAUCGAGCUGGCCGGUGUUAACAUGCGCCUAGACGAGGGGGUCGUUCGCGAACUCCACUGGCACAAGGAAGCUGAAUGGGCAUACGUCCUUGAUGGCAGCUGCCGUAUCACCGCCAUUGACUACGAGGGAGGCAACUUUAUCGAUGACGUCCAAAAAGGCGAUCUCUGGUACUUCCCCUCCGGUGUUCCUCACUCCCUUCAAGGGCUCGGCGGGAACGGAACCGAGUUUCUCUUAAUCUUCGACGACGGACACUUUUCUGAGGAGUCUACUUUCAUCCUUACGGACUGGCUUGCACACACCCCCAAGUCUGUCAUCUCAAAGAACUUCAAGCUGGCUCCCGAGGUCUUUGCAAACAUCCCCGAGGGAGAGAAGUACAUCUUCCAAGGAACGACACCCGGCUCCAUCAGCCACGAGGCCCCUGACGGAAAAGGCGUCAAGAAAUCAAAGCACCAGUUCACGCACAAGAUGCUCGCGCAGGAACCCAAGAAGACCUCUGGCGGCGAAGUCAGAGUAACCGACUCCAAGAACUUUCCCAUCUCAAAGACCAUUGCUGCUGCCCACGCCAUCAUCGAGCCCGGCGCCCUUCGUGAGAUGCACUGGCACCCCAACGCCGACGAGUGGUCCUUCUUCAUCAAGGGUCGCGCCAGAGUCACGAUUUUCGCCUCAGAAGGAAACGCCAGGACAUUCGACUACGUGCCAGGCGACGUUGGCAUCGUCCCGAAGAACAUGGGUCACUUUGUGGAGAACAUUGGCGACGAACCCCUCGAGAUGCUCGAAAUCUUCCGCGCCGACGAAUUCAGAGACUUCUCCCUGUUCCAGUGGAUGGGCGAGACGCCCAAGAAGCUGGUCGUCGACCACCUCUUCGCCAACGACCCCGAUGCUGGAGAGAAAUUCUGGGACAAGGUCAAGAGCGCCGAGAAGGAUGAGAUCACCAAGGACACUAGCGUCGAUGCCGAGGAUGUUCAGACCGAGACGGAGGAACUCUGA